AUGGGAAAAACCACCAGCAAACGCAACGUCGAGCGUCACGAUCCUCUUCAUGUUGAACUUGCCGACAAUCCUGAUCAGGGCAUGCGUCGUAAGACUGUUCGUCAAAAGUUUGUCGAGCGUAAUCAACGAGACGAGACCGUCGAGGAAUACCUUGAUCCCAAGCUCUCCAAAAAGAUUCUCAAGAUCGCACGUGAGCAGCAAGAAGAAAUCGAAGGCAAGCAGCAACCUGAUGAACCUAGCAACAACAACUUUGAGUCAAGAUUCCCUCUCGGAUUUGAUCCAAGUGACGACGAUUUGGAUGCUGAGGAUAUGCAUGGCGAAUACGAAGAGCUCGAAUUGGAUGAAGAGGAUGAUGAGAUCUUGAAGCAAUUCUUGCCAGCUGCUCCUGUUGAGAAACGCACAUUGGCUGAUCUUAUCAUGGAGAAGAUCGAGGAAAAGAAUGCAAAGGAUGAAGCUGCUGCUAAUGGUGAAGCACAACAAGGUCCAGCAAUGAAUCCAAAGGUCGUAGAGGUGUACACAAAGGUUGGACAAUUGCUUUCACGGUACAAGUCUGGCAAGCUUCCCAAAGCUUUCAAGAUCAUUCCAUCACUCGGCAACUGGGAAGAGAUCAUCAUUCUUACACAGCCCGAGAAUUGGAGCCCUCAAGCCACUUAUGAAGCUACUCGUAUGUUUGUAUCCAACUUGAAGACUGAACAAGCACAAAAGUUCAUGUAUUAUGUGCUCCUCGAUCGUGUGCGUGAUGAUAUCCAAGAGAACAAAAAGCUCAAUUACCAUUUGUAUAUGGCACUCAAGAAAGGUCUCUACAAGCCAUCUGCUUUCUUCAAGGGCUUCCUUUUCCCUCUAUGCGAAUCAGGCACAUGUACAUUGAGAGAAGCUGCCAUCAUUGGUAGUGUCUUGUCCAAGGUUUCCAUUCCCGUACUUCACUCAUCCGCUGCAUUGCUCCGUCUCGCUCAAAUGGACUACACCGGUCCCAAUUCUCUCUUCAUCCGUGUUCUCCUCGACAAGAAAUAUGCUUUGCCAUACAAGGUCAUUGAUGGAAUGGUUGAACAUUAUCAGCAAUUCAGAAACGAUCCCCGUGAAAUGCCUGUAUUAUGGCAUCAAUCAUUGCUUGUUUUCGUACAAAGAUACAAGCAGGACCUUGUCCCCGAGCAAAAAGAGAUCCUUUAUGACGUUAUUAAACACAAGCAUCAUCCCGAAAUUGCUGCUGAAGUGCGCCGGGAACUUCAACACGCACAAUCCCGUGAUGCCAUUGAUCAAAUGGAUUACGACAGCGACAUUCUCAUGGAUUAA